AAGUUAAGUGGCAGUGGUAUGAAGACUUAACAUCAGUCAACACUCAUUGAGUCUUUCAGCAACAAUAAAAGCACAUACAUUGCACACAAGCAUAGCACACCUGGUGACAACUAUUGCUCAAGUGAAGCUCACUAAAUUCCUAUCUACCAACCAACAGGGAAAAAUAAUAUCAUGGCACCUGCUAAUACUUCUGCUGCUGCUUUAUCUGAAACUGAAUAUGAAAUGGUGAAAAACAUCAUUGACAUUGAAGUUCUAGAAGAGUUAAGUUUAGCAGAUUGUAGCAUCUACAAGGUUCCUCACAAUCUCCGAAAAGUGAAACAAGAAGCUUACACUCCUCAACUAAUCUCAAUUGGUCCAAUUCACCUUGGAAAUGAAGAACUUCAACCAAUGCAACAACACAAAAAAAGGUAUUUCCAUUUCUUCUAUGAGCGUCUAUCUCAAUUCAAUCAACAAUCCAUGAUCAAGAACUACAAACUCUAUCUCGAAAACAAAGAACAAGAAAUAAGAAAAUGUUAUGCAGAGAAAUUUCCCAACAUAAGCAAAGAGAAAUUUGUGGAAACAAUUUUGUUGGAUGCUGUUUUCAUCAUGGAACUUUUGUUGAGAAACAGUUCAUGGAAGUCGGAUACAUCAAAACAUGAACAUGAAUACAAGCAAUCCAAGUCAUUUAGAUGGAAACAUAGUGAUGAUUACAUUCUAACACAAGCUUGGCUCAGCAAAAGCAUCACAAGGGACUUGAUUUUGUUGGAAAAUCAGAUACCUUUUUUUGUAUUGAAGCAUCUUUAUGACACUGUCGUCCCGAACGACGACAAAAAACCAAAUCAUGAAGAUUUUCUUGAUCUUGCACUCGAGUAUUUUGCAUUCUACGACACUCAGAAAUCGUCAUCACUUGAAACGAAGUUUGUUUUGGAUAAGAAUCAGACAAAAAAAUAUUAUUAUGUGAGUGGCGUAAUUGGUGAUGUUGGUAGUGGUAAUUCAGUUUCCAAGAAAAAACAUUCUGAUAAAUCUAUGAGCAGUAACCAUGGGUUUCAAGGUCCCAAACAUUUCACUGAUCUGAUAAGGUUUUUUUACCUUCCAGCUGAUUUAGGAAAGAGUGAUUGUUCUCAUAUUUUCCCAAGAACAGUAACAAAGUUAAUGGAUUCUGGUGUGAGUUUUGAGAAAGUUGUGGGGAGAAGAUUACUAGACAUAACAUUUGAGAAGAAACCAUUUCUAAGUAAUUUUCUCUGCUUAGGUUGUUUACCUUCAUUUUUAUGUUUGAAUCAUUUCAAAGCGCGUCUUAGGAUUCCGCAAUUGAAGGUUGAUCACACAACAGAAUGUGUUUUAAGGAACCUCAUUGCCCUAGAACAAUGUCAAUAUCAAGAACAACCUUAUAUAUGCAAUUAUGUUUCACUUGUUGAUUCUCUUAUACAUACACAGGUUGAUGUUGAUUUGUUGGUCGAGAAGGAAGUGAUUGUGCAUGAAAUGGGAAGUGAUAAAGAAGUUGCAAUGCUUGUUAAUGGUCUUUGUAAACAUGUUGUGGUGAAUUCAACUUGUUACUAUGAGAUUAUUAAUGAGCUUAAUAAGCAUUAUCAGAAUAUUUGGAACCGUACCAUGGCUGCAUUAUGGUUGGUGUAUUUUAGAGAUGCUUGGAGAGCUAGUUCUACUUUGGUUGGGAUUGCUUUUCUUGUUUACACUGCAUUCAACUUUGUACGUCUUGCCAAGAUUCUCUUCUAGUAGAGAAACUUGAAAAUGUAUAAUUCGUGGUUUGGAUUAUUAUCAUAACUAGAUUGAUGUGUGUGUUAUGUGUAUUUAUUUAUUUUGGUCUAAGUAUAGUUGUUAAGAUUCACCCUUAAAGUGAAUAAGUGGGUAAUUUAGAGUUCGAAAUCCCACUGGUAUAUACUAUAGUGUCUCUGCAUGCUCGCGGGAAUUGUGUAGCUUGUUUAUUGUGUACGAAUUAAUGAAUAAAUAGUAUUAGUGUGUCAUGUAAGUUUGCCAAGUAUUAAACUCUGAAUUUUAAUUGUACCACUAUAUAAUAUUUACGGUA